AUGAAGCAGCCUCUACAGAGUCGUCUUAUUAUUUAAGAUGCAAGACGUAAGAAUUUAAGUGCUGUUGCACUUCUUGAUCCUUCACCUAAGUAAAUCACCAUUAGGAAGGCUUCCAUUGGAGGUUUAAAGAAUAAGGAAAACAUUAAUAGCAAUGACACUUAGAGGAAACAAAAAACUUCUUAAAAUAUUAAUACUGAAGAUAUUAGAAAAUAAAUUAGUCAAUUAAUUAAAAAAACAUCAUAAUCUUAAAGAACUAAAUUGAAGAAAAUUGAUAUUGCAUGUCAAGAAUAGAUAGAAAUUAAUGAUCAUAAAGAAGGAAUUUUCGAUGAAUCUACCUUAAGAUUACUAUAUUAAAAAGAACUAGAAUAUAAAAUUCAUCCAUAAUUCUUUGAUCAUUAAUGUCAUAUAUCUCCAUAAAUGAGAUCUAUUUUAUAUGACUGGAUUAGUGAAGUUUGUAAAGAAUUUACAUUAAAGAGAGAGACAUUUCAUUUAUGUAUUCACAAUUUAGAUAGAUAUAUGUCCAAAGUCUCUGUUAGUAAGUCUGAACUCUAAUUAUGUGGUUUAGCAAGUCUUUUAAUUGCUUGUAAAAUUGAAGUAUUGUUAUUAAUUAUUCUAGGAAAUCUAUCCACCUAAAGUUAAUGAUUUUUCUUCUGCUAGUAAUUAUGGAUUCACAGAACAAUAAAUCUUAGAUAAAGAAUAAGAUAUUUUAACUGAAUUAAAAUGGUUGAUUAAUCCACCUACGCUUUAUCUUUGGACUUCAUGGUAUCUAUCAUAAUGGGAUAUAUAUUAUCCUUAAUCUAAUUUAUCAAUGAAAUAGCCUACAUAAUCAUCAUACACAUUAUUUAGGCAUUUCAUGACAUUUCUUGAUUGUGCCAUUUUAGAUAUCAAAUUAUAUUAAUUUACCAAUAGAGAAAUAGUAUCAUCCUUACUUUAUUUGGUUUUAUUAAAACAAUAUUGUGGAUGUACUUAUCAAAGAAUAGUUGAAAAUAAAGUUCAAGAAAGAGAUGUGCUUGAUUUCUAGCAUAUUUAUAAACCAUUCAUUGAAUUAGUCUUUGGAUUUCAAUUUAAUUAAUUAAGCAGAUGUAUUAGAUAUCUGACAAAAUUUUUAAUAUUAGAUAUAGUUGUAGAUUAACCUGGCACAACUAAGGUUGUUGCCGAAAAAGAAUUAACAGAGGUUUAUGAGUAUUUCUUAUCAAUUUAAACACAUAAUCCAGCCGGUCUCUAAUUCAUUAGGAAAUGA